AGAUCACGUGUCUAGCAGCUUGCUGAUUAGUCGUCCACGAAUCCAUGUUUGAAACGUGGAUUUUGUUCGCUGGCCCGGUGGUGUUGUCUUCUUCGUCUUAGUGGGUUGUUUACUGUAUUAAACAUUUAAUAUAGGAUGCCAGUGCAUCCACGUGAUAGAAAAGAGAAUAACCACGAAGAAAUGGACGUGGACUAUCCAGAACAAGAGGCCAGCACCUCCGACGAAGAGGAGUCCGUGAGCUCGUCCGUCUCUGAGGAUGGGGACACUUCAGACAUGGAUGAUGAAGACUGUGAAAGAAGGCGAAUGGAGUGUUUAGAUGAGAUGACAACUCUCGAGAAGCAGUUCACAGACCUAAAGGAUCAGUUGUAUAAGGAGAGGCUCGGUCAGAUGGAUAUUAAAUUGCAAGAAGUGAUGGCUGGCAAUGCUGGAGAAUACCUCGAACCCUUGGCCACCCUGCAGGAGAACAUGCAGAUCCGAACCAAAGUCGCUGGUAUCUAUCGUGAGCUCUGCUUGGAAUCUGUCAGAAACAAAUAUGACUGUGAGAUGCAAGCAGCCAGCCAGCACUGGGAGAGUGAGAAGCUCCUGCUUUUUGACACGGUUCAGAGCGAACUGGAAGAGAAGAUCAGGCGAUUGGAGGAGGACAGACACAGUAUAGAUAUAACUUCAGAACUGUGGAAUGAUGGUCUGCAGUCUAAGAAGAAUAAAAAGAAAGAUCCUCUCAGUCCCGGAAAGAAGAAAAAACCUGUCGCUGUGUCAGGACCAUACAUUGUUUACAUGUUGCAAGACCUGGAUAUACUUGAAGACUGGACUGCAAUAAGAAAGGCUAUGGCUUCAAUGGGUCCUCAUAGGGUAAAAGUAGAUGCCCCUCUGAAACCAGAAAGGCACCAUCAUGUUGCCCGAUCAGAAGAUGGACGUCUGUUUUAUGACAACAAAUGGUACAGCCGGGGUCAGGCCAUAUGCAUCAACAGGAAGGACGAAUAUCCUAUCAGUGCCACAAUAAUCAAUGUUAAUCAAGACGAGGUUUGGUACAAACGUCUGGAUGGCAGCAAAUCAAAGCUUUACAUCUCUCAGCUCCAGAAAGGCAAAUACACCAUGAAACACUCAUAAGUAGUGUUCUUAUCUUCCCCCUGCUCCCCGUUUCCAGUGUGGAAACCAAACCUUCGCUGGUUCAACUCUGUUCUCCGUUUGUCACCUUGACUGCUCGUUCAUGCUGGAGGGACUCGGGUCUUACAUGCAUGUACCACAUGUUUGCACUUCCUAAGUUAGAGCUGCUAAACAAACACCUGGUUGCCAAGGAAAGUGUGUGUGUGUGUGUGUGUGUGUGUGUGUGCGCGCGUGCGCGCGCGCGUGUGUAUGUGUGUGUGCCUUGAUGACUAGGAUAAACCAGUAAAGCCUUGUUCAAAGCAGAAGAGCAAUGAAGCUCAACUUAUUGGUGUUGCUGAUACUGAACACAUGACAGUUUCCAUGCUUUUUAUUAAAUACAGAGUCAGUAUUUUUAUUUGUAGAUUUAAGGAGCAUGUCUUUGUUCUGGAACAAGUUAGUGACAUGUAUCCUGUUCUGUGCCUGUGAGAUGCAUAAUGUUUGAAACAACAGAACGGUUCACUAGGCUCCGCUGGGCUAGUGUUAUUUUUGUACGUGUUCAAAACAUAAUACUCAAUAGCUUGUCACUCUUCAAGGUUAUAAAAGGUGUAUUAAUGUAACAGGCCUUGUGCGAGUCAUAUUCUUGUUUUGUAACC